GCCUUUAUCAGAGGAGUUUUAAAUUAAAACGAUUCUCAAAGGAUUUUACUACUAAUUCUAUAUUGUGUGUGUUUUCAAUUUAUUUUUCUAUUGCGUGUGCUGACUUUACAUUGGAAUUUGUUAAUUUAUGGUGAUUGCCUGUUUUAUUUGAGGAAUUUUUAAAUUAAUCCAUCAGGAUAGAAACAGAACAGAAGAAGACAUAUAUUUAUUUUCUGGACUACAGUCUGCUAUCAUGAGAAAUCAGUUUGAGGGAUUUUAAAUUCAUUUACGGAAAGGUUGUGAUCUAUGAUGCUGCUUGACUGGUAUCCGGUUUGAUUGGAAACCCCCCAAUGUUAUAGACCCAGGAGAUGGGCUAUGGAAAGCCACAAAUGACAUCACUGAUUAUACAUUCCUCUCUGUUGCUAUCAUUCCUAGUCACAGUGACAAACUCUGCCAAUGGCCAGUAUAGAUGGAGGACAGAUAAUUGGUCAGAGUGUGAGAAGCAAUAUGGUUGUGGAGCUGGAGGCAACCAGCAUCGUAACGUGUGGUGUGAACAAUUGUACCCUACUGUACGUGUGGUCCCUGACCACCUCUGUAAGGACGCAGGAUACGAACCUUACAAAGUACAGUCCUGUUACAAAAUGUGUGACCCCAUUGGUGAUUACCAAGUGAAAUGGGUGACAGGAAUGUGGUCCGAGUGUCAGGUUGAUUCCCAAGAGGAAGAAUGUGCAAGAAAUCUCGGUUUUCAAACGCGGGUAGUUUAUUGUGCUUACACAAGUACUGGAGAAAGGACAGAGGAUUCAGUGUGUGCAUCUUUCAUGCAGAAUAAACCACCUACAAGACAGCCCUGUGAGUACAAUUGUCCUCAAAACUGUGUGGUGGGGGAAUUCUCCAAAUGGAGUUCCUGUGAUGAGUGUCAGUCUCUAAAUAGGAGUAGGACUAGAAGUAUCAUAGUGCCAAACAACAGCGGGGGCAAGCCGUGCCCUGCAUUUUCCGAAAUGUCUCCUUGCAGCAACUGUACAGAUAAAUAUUUCCUAUCAUUUACUCCAUGGACAUCCUGUCAAGCAUUUUCAGAUUCUUUCAACACACGCAUUCCAUAUAAUCCUCAUAUUGGAAAUCAAGAACGCUUCUUCGAUUGUUACAACAUUCGGGGUCAGAAAGAAGAAUUAUCAAAAUGUACAGGAAAGUUUCAACCCAUAGCAUAUCAACAAUCCUGCAUUAUUGGUCAGGACUGUAUACUAGGGCCGUGGCAGGGACUGACCACUAUAAAUCAAACCUGUGUGACAGAGAACCUACAGGUCAAGUCAGGCUACCUCUACAAGAAAAGGGACGUGAUUCAGAUCCCUCUUGGGGAUGGCAAACCCUGCGGUCCUCUAGAAGAGUAUACACCUAUACAGUCCAGCCAGGAGCUCAACUGUCCAAGAACUCAGUGGAUAAUGUCUGACUGGUCUGAGUGUAAACCAAUCCAGGGUCAUCAACAGUGUAACACAGGAAUACAGGAACGGCACAUCAUUUGCGUCCAAAUUGAUCAAUAUGGAAAACAGACCCCUGUUGAUGAAUCGGAGUGUAGUCCUGACAAGCGACCCUUGACUUCACAAACCUGCCCCACCCAGUGUAAGACAGACUGUACUGUGUCUGUAUGGAGUCGGUGGUCUGAGUGUAAAGUGACCGACUGUGAAAUGUAUGCACGGAGACGUCGCAACAACAAGAAAACUGGACAACGCUACAGAACUCGACAGAUUAGAACUGAACCUGUUCAAGGAGGACAAGUUUGUCCUCAUCUGAGUGAAACUCAAAACUGUGAUCCAGAACCCUGUUACACAUGGAAGGUCUCACGUGGUGAAUGUCUACCACAGAUACCUCCAUGUGGUGUGGGUGUGGCAUACCAAAGUGUUUACUGCUUCAAUCGUAACAAUACACGGGUAAGUGACAGAAGUUGCUUGGAGCUGAUGGAGCAGCCACCCAAUGAAGUUCAGUGUGUGGUGUCCUGUGAAGAUGACUGUGUGGUAUCUGAGUGGAGUGAUUGGUCAGAGUGUCCCAAGAUUUGUCAAAACAACAUGAUGCCAGGACCCACGCUCAAACAACGCACCAGGACCAUCCUCGCUCAGGCAUCAGGACAAGUAAACUGUCAAGCCCCACUCCGAGAACAAGGGAAUUGUCCUACAGUGAUUGAGUGUGACACAUACAUGUGGCAGACAGAGCCCUGGGGACGCUGUGAGCUGGACAAUCCAAGCAGGGGGUGUGGAAGGGGGGUCCAGUCCAGGGCACUGGGCUGUUACAGCAACAGAACUUCUGUCUCUGACAUCAAGUGUGCCAUGGAAGUUAAGCCUUCAGCCAGACAGGUGUGUGUAGUGCCAUGUCCAGAGAACUGUAAAGUCUCAGUGUGGUCUGCCUGGUCAGAAUGCUCUGCCACCUGUACUUCAGCCAACACUGCUGCCAAUCCAUCAAAAAGUCGCCAACGCUAUAUCCUGAUCCACCCCAAAAAUGGUGGGGCACUGUGCCCCAACUUGCUGAAGGAGAUCAAGGUGUGUUUUGACCUCCCAGUUUGUAACCAAUACCAAUGGAACAAGACCGAAUGGAGUGAGUGUAUCCUACACAGGAAGGAAAAGUGUGGCAGGGGAUUAAAGGCCAGGAAUGUGACCUGUCAGCAAAACGAUGGUACAGUGAGUCCUAUAGGUAACUGUUUAACCAGUGUGGGUCAGAUGCCGGCUGUAGCUGAGCCGUGUUAUGUCGCCUGUGAAGACGAAUGCCUGUUCACUGAUUGGACAGCUUGGUCAGAUUGUCUACAGGGUUGUGGAAGUAAAAGAUUUAGACAAAGGAGACCAAAAGUUGGGGGAAAUGCACCACCAGAAUGUAGUGAUUUGAAGAGGUAUCCUCGCUAUGAACAGGAUGUGUGUCUGUGUGACAGAAUCACCCAGGAGUUACCAGCAGACUUCUCAGAGUGCAUCCUGGAUCCUCCCAAAUCCCCAUCAGGACUCCUCAGACCUAUAUCCUCAUCGAAAAGAGAAAAUAGAGAGCCUUCUAAAGAUGAGGGAGUAAUCUGUGGGUGGGGUCAGAAGAUUCGCUAUGUCGCUUGCCAGACCAGCUCUGUGGCAACCAGUCUCAGGAGAUGUACAGAAGCAGUGAGUUUGGAAGUUAAACAUUGUAAUAUACCAUGUCCUAAUGACUGCAAAAUGGCAGAAUGGAGCUCAUGGUCAAAAUGCCCCUCCAAGUGUCGACCAGGCAUUCAGAAACGGUCCCGCUACAUAGAGCAGUUAAAUUCAGCAGGAGGUCGACAGUGCCCAAGCCUGGACAGCACACAGACAGAAACACAGACCAGACUCUGUCACCCUGAGUGUUCACAGUACAUAUGGAAGGCUUAUGAAUGGAGCAUGUGUAACAGCAACAGUCACACCUGUGGGGACGGGACCCAGCAGAGGGUGGUUCACUGUGUAACCAUUAACGUGAAUGGAGACACCACAGGUAUAACUACAGAGGAGAACUGUGCCGGACAGGUCAAGCCUCACAGUGAACAGCCUUGUAGGAUGGCCUGUAUAGGGGAGUGUGUUAUGUCAGACUGGACAGAGUGGACAGACUGCCCCAGGCCCUGUUUAAAUAGUAUGUACAGACAGUCCCGAUCUCGUAAGAUUAUGCGUCAUGCCAGCAUGUACCACUCCCGAUGUGGUGAGACGGAGCAGUACAAGGACUGUGUCAAGGACAUUAACUGUGUAGACUACCACUGGGAAUGGAUGCCGUGGACUUCCUGUCUCAUUAAUAACGGCCAGGACGACUGUGGGGUGGGGCUUCAGGAGAGGUUCCCCGUGUGUAGAACUCAUAAUGAGGAAGAUGUCGACGACCGCAUUUGUAACAAGAUUAUUGGCCCCCCAGACCAGAGUGAGAGGAUGAAAAGAUGUGAAGUCCCAUGUGAUGUGGAUUGUCUGGUGUCUGAAUGGUCCCAAUGGUCAACUUGUAGUCAGACUUGUGGACUAGGUAAGAGUACUCGGGAGCGGGUCAUAGUGGAGCAGUACACAGGAAAUGGCCGUAAAUGUCCUUCUGACCUUGUACAGUCAAAACCUUGUUACCCCAAAGGCUGUUAUCGCUGGAACAUCUCUGACUGGUCUCCCUGCAUGCCUCAGAAAUUUAUGUGUGGAGCUGGUGUACAGACAAGAAAUGUUUCAUGCUUGGGGGACGAUGGACUGCCAGCUGACCCUGAAAAGUGUCCUCCUGACCUUGACAUCCUGGUCCUCAAGAGUGAACAAAAAUGUAAGGUUCUGUGUCCAUGGGAAUGUGCAUACACUGAAUGGUCGGAGUGGAGCAAGUGCUUCAUUAAUUGUGCUGACUAUGCUAUUGGAACUACACUGGGGCGAACCAGUCGAUCCCGAGCCAUCAUUUCCCAAAGCAGACUUCAACCCUGUAAUGAAAAGCUGUGGGAAGCUAAAGCUUGUCCUGCAAUGGAGUGUACAGAAUUUGUAUGGGUUGCCUCCCCUUGGUAUGAAGAUAUGCGAGAGGUUUCCUGUCAGACAACUUACGGAAUUAGAGUAAAUGAGGCGGCCUGUGUAGAGUCUGCCCGCCCCCCUACAGUUCUGUCCUGUGACCCCCCUUGUACUGGGCCACAAAUGAUCUGCAAUGACACAAAUAUCUGUGGAUGCGAGCCAGACUUCACCCCCGUCACCAAUGCCCUGGGUCUAGUGGUGGCAUGUAUCAUGCAGAAUGACACGCUUCAGACAGGGGCACAGAAAACUGAGGAAGAGGAAAUAGUCACUAACUACUGGAUGUAUGCAGUGGUAGCAGCUGGGACAUUAUUCAUUGUGUUUGUGGCCCUGGCUCUGUACCAUAUGAGCGAUUUCUUUAAAAAUGGUCCAAGGCCUCAUGGUGACCAAAAGGAGGAGAAAAAGUCUGUAGACAUAGAGAGCACAGACACGUCCACACGUGUGUCUAGACAGGGAAAAGAGAACUGUAAUGUCUGCAGUCAGAUUCCAGCUCCUGUAGACACCAUGGUUACCACAAGUAAUGGGCGGGCAGAGAUUCAGUUGGUGGAUGAUGUAGGUCCAUAUGUACGCUCGUGGAAUCGUAAAAGCUUUGCUAACCGUUUCGCUCAUGCACUUUCCUGCUUAAUCCCUUGCAUGUCUAAAAAACCUUCUUAUGCUCUGCAUGUGCAUGAAAAGAUUAAUGAGACUAGUGUUAAAGUUCCCCUUGAGAACAUCAGACUGAUUAAUCAUGAAGGAGAUUCUUUGAAAGAUGAAUCCAUAGAAACUGAGUUUAAUGACAUGAGUAAUCUUGUGCACACACCCAGCUACUACAUGGCAGUGAAUACCUUUGAUAUGGAGAACCAUCGCUCUUCUAAAGUAAUCACAUUGCCUCGAGAUACUGACAAUUAUCAGUGUGACUCGUUAGAUACUGAGACAUCUAGUCCUGACUCGACCAAGUCUCAGGUCAAACGAAGUCAGUCAGACUCAGCUAUUUCUAUACCCACUUCUAACUCGCAAGGUGCUUGUUCACGCACUAACUCACCCUCUGUGAAAAAGGGCAAAAUGCUGAAAAAGAGGUCAACAAAAUCUAGUGAUUACUCUAAAUCUGCCAAACAUAGCUCAACACAGACUUCAACCCAAAGUUCUGUGGAUGAAUUAGUGGAGCUAGGAACAAAACCCACAAAUCUAACAUAUCAAGAUUCUAAUGAAACCCAGGCCUUCCCAAGUUCCAGUGGGUUUCCUGUGGAAGGAAGUAUGUCAAACUUCAUGGAUGACUAUUUGGAAAAAAUGAAUUCAAUGAGUAAAUCAGAUGAAAAUACAAAUAAAAGUGAAGAUUUUCUUCAGCACGAAGAGAUUUCUGUUGGUGAUGAUCAGCUUCUAGAACCAGAAGUUCAGUCCCUCUCUUCAGAUGGAUCAAGUCACCAGGGGAGAGAAGAAUCAGAAGACCUUCUGGGGAAUUCCCAGGAACAAGCGGAAUUACAGCAACUCCUGCCAGAGGAUCAAGACUCCACAGUCUCUAACAAAGGGUACUCUAUAUUUGUUCCAAACUCUGAGAAUAGAGAAGAAACAAAACUAUUAGAGAAACGACCUGAAAUAAAAAGAAGUGAUACUGCUCAGAGGAGAGAAAGACUGUCAAGACAGAAAAAAAUUGACCAAGAAAAAGACCCUAGUGAGAGUGAUCACAAUUCAAAUGUGUUUCCUGACAGAUCACAUGAAUCAAAUUCCCCAAAGUGCAAUUCCCAUCAUUCAGUAAACUCAAUUCAUGGAAAUGACGAUGGCACUCAGCCAGUUGAGGAUUUAGUAAAGAAAAGCAAUACACCUAAAUACACAAGUUCUUCUCAGGGUGUCGAGUCCCAAAAAUCUAGUCACAAAAUUACACCUGUCUAGAUCCACUUACAAAUCACACACCAAAUCUGGUCUUUGACAAAUUUUUAAACAAA